AUGCCGCCUAUUAACAAACCAUCGACAAACCACUAUGAUCUGAUCGUUCUUGGCGGCGGCUCUGGUGGUAUGGGCGCCAGUCGCCGCGCAGCCAUGUAUGGAAAAAAGGCCGCUGUGAUUGAAAGCAGUGGCGUGCUUGGUGGGACGUGCGUGAAUGUUGGCUGCGUGCCGAAAAAGAUUAUGUGGUACGCAUCCGACAUGUUUGUGCGUGCCUCCGAGGCAAGCGAGUACGGCAUCCGCAGCGACGGCAAGCCGAUGCCUUCGCUAUCUUUCGACUGGUCGUACUUUGUCGAGAAGCGCGACGAAUACAUUCGCCGUCUCAACGGUAUCUACGAUAACAACCUCGGAAAAGACAAUGUCGAUUACUUUAGCGGGCACGGCAAGUUACUCGGCGACGGCCACGUUUUGGUCACGCCGUCGGAGCAUGGCGAGCUCAAGGAGGAGGUCACGCUCACUGCUGACCACAUUGUCAUUGCUACGGGCGGACGUCCCAACUUGCCGUCCGAAGAGACGAUUCCUGGCGCGAAGCUCGGAACUGACUCGGAUGGAUUCUUCGCAUUGCGCAAGCAGCCCAAACGCGCCGUGGUUGUGGGUGCAGGCUACAUUGCUGUCGAGCUCGCUUGCGUCCUGAACGGACUUGGCUCCGAAACGCAUCUUGUCAUUCGCCACGACGCCUUCCUGCGCAACUUUGAUCCGAUCGUGUCCGAUGUACUCAUGGAGACGGUGCAGAAAGCGGGAUUGCAUGUGCACAAAGAAUCGAACGUGCAGAAGGUGGAAGGGUCGCCGGAGGGGCCGCUCAAGAUCUCCCUCGAGGGCGAGACGAUCGAAGCUGACUCGCUUAUUUGGGCAAUUGGUCGCCACCCCAACAUCUCCAACAUUGGCAUGGAGGAGCUCGGCAUCAAGACUGACAAGGCUGGAAAUAUCGUUGUGGACAAGUACCAAAACACCAACGUGCCGAACGUGUAUGCGAUUGGCGACAUUCAAGGGAAGGCACAGCUCACGCCCGUUGCCAUUGCUGCUGGUCGUCGUCUUUCGAACCGCUUGUUUGGCGGGUCGAAGUUUGCAAACGACCACCUGGAUUACAACAAUAUUCCCACCGCCGUGUUCAGUCAUCCUCCGACUGGUACCGUCGGCCUCACCGAGCCGCAGGCGCGCGAGGAGCACAAGGACAAAAAGAUUACGAUCUACCGCACGCGCUUCACGCCCAUGUUUUACAGCAUGCUCGAGGCAAAGGAGCCGUGUGCUUACAAGAUUGUGUGCGUAGGCGAGGAGGAGAAAGUCGUCGGUGUCCACAUGGUCGGUAUGGGCAGCGACGAGACUAUCCAGGCCAUCGGUAUUGCAGUCAAGAUGGGAGUUAACAAGCGCGACUUUGACGACACAGUCGCCGUGCAUCCUACUAGCGCAGAGGAGCUCGUCACUACCUUUACCCCCGUGAAAGAGUAA